AUGCACAGCGCCCUGUCUAAAAAUGACAAAGCUGGAGCGACAGAAUCUGUAGAUUCCAGUAGAAUGAGCAUGGUGAAUACCGAGUUCACACAUGUUGAAUCAGAGGUUCAAUUGUGUUUUUCUGUGGCUUCUCUUACAGGUACACCAGGGGUUGGGAAAACCACACUGGGAAAAGAGCUUGCAUCAAGAUCAGGCUUGAAGUACGUUAAUGUGGGUGAUUUAGCUCGAGAAGGGCAGUUUUAUGAUGGCUAUGACGAAGAAUACGAUUGUCCCAUUUUAGAUGAAGACAGAGUUGUUGAUGAGUUAGAGACUCAGAUGAGAGAAGGCGGCGUUAUUGUCGAUUACCAUGGUUGUGAUUUCUUUCCCGAGCGCUGGUUUCACAUAGUUUUUGUGUUGAGAACAGAUAAUAGUAUAUUGUACAAGCGACUUGAAACAAGGGGUUAUAAUGAGAAGAAACUACAAGACAAUAUUCAGUGUGAGAUUUUUCAAGUUCUUUAUGAAGAAGCCAUAGCAUCUUACAAAGAAGAAAUUGUGCAUCAGCUGCCCAGUAAUGAACCAGAAGAGCUAGAGGAUAAUAUCAGCCAAAUCUCAAAAUGGAUUGAGCAAUGGGUCAAAGAUCAUAACUCUUAACUUAGAGCCUGGGUAGCCAGCACCACCACAGUACACCCUCUAUCCCACAUCUUAGGAGGCAGCAGCUGUCUACAUAAUGAGUUCUAGGCCAGCCAGGGCUGUGUAGUUAAGACUCUGUUUCAAAGAAAAAAAGAAAAAGCCUGGCCACAGUCCAGCCUCCCUUGUCAGUAGCUCUCAGUCCACAUAAUAGAAGUGCCCAAGGAUCAACAGAAGAAAACUGUGUUGUAGCAUUAGCUG